CGUCACUCCCCUUUCCCGGUACCACACCUGUGUUUCAUAAUUUUUUGUCCAACAAAACACGCAAGAUCAACGUUUCGCUCCAUACACGCCUCUCUCUCAGAUUGAUUGACAAACCUCAAAUCCUUUUCCACUGUACAUUUUUGGCUUGAUUUCUCCUUCGAUUGAGAGACCCAAAAGCCGAUCCGGCGACGGAGAUCGGCGGACCGCGCUCGUGAGCGGCGGCAACCACCAACUUCAGGCGGGUGGCAGUGAUCGAACGGGUGCUUAUUACCGAGGUGGCUGGGUUGGGGUUUGUCUGACCACGCCAUCGCCCAUUACCAGCAUGCGCAGAGAAUUUUCACGGAAGCGAUUUCCACUCGAGUUCCUUCUUACAUCUCCUCCAGUAAUCAAAGAAUGACAGAGGAUCAGUCAGUGGUUGGUAGGAGGAGAAUCUAUUAUGACCAGAAUGGUGGCAAAGCUCUUAUAUGUAGUGAUAGUGAAGAAGAAGCAGUUGAGGAUGAAGAAGAAACGGAAGAAACAGCCAUCAAAGAAGUUGGCAUUUCUGAUUUGACGUCGGAUAUAUUGGCCCAGUGUUUGUCAAGAAAACCUCGUGAAAUCAAGGAUAUUUUACAGAUGAAGAACCUAACGAAUGAAGAGCAUGUUCACAUUCUUCGCCGUCAAAGCACAGGCUUCCCUCGAGGAAGCUGGAAGUACAGAGAUGUUGCACUGCAUAAAUGUGGUCGAUGGGAAGCAAGAAUGGGUCGAUUCUUGGGAAAGAAGUAUAUGCAUCUUGGAUUACUCGACAGUGCAGCUGCAAGGUAUAUGCAGCUUGGAUUACCCUAUAGUGAAGCUGCAAGAUUUUAUAACCAAGCUGCCAUAAAUGUAAUGGAAGAAAAAAUGUGGCGAACUUUGAGUGUGGUAACUAUGAAGAGAAAAUUGUCGGCCCCAAAGACGGAGAUUAAUUUGUUUCCAAUCACGGCCUUAAAGGUUCGCAGUAAUUUCUCGAGGACAUGGAAUCAAUAAUUGGAAGAGGCCAGGUGAAAGGCGGUUGGUUCAAUUGUUUCUAGGGGCGAAGAUAAUUAUUGUGCAGCUUUAAAGAGCCUGCUUUACAAAUGCAUGCACGAGUCUCUAUUUAGAAACUCUACUGAGUCCCAAAUUCUUGAAAGUACAGAAAGCAGCACACCACUUUCGCGUGUCUUGAGUUUUUUUUUUCUCUGUUCAAAAAACUUUACAUCAUAUAUGAUGUCUUUAUAAUUAUUGAGUUAGUAUCCACUUUUAUUCUUGAAUUUUACUUUCUUGGUUCGAAAUGAUGCUCAAAUUUGUCUGCAUAAAUAACUAUGGGAUAGCAGUUGUCGAAUGGAAUUAUGACGAGGGGAUGUGGCAUGUAUUCACGCUCUUGUAGUGACAAUUACGGUGAUUUUUUUAGAGCUUGUCUGUGUGAGCCGAGAGGACUUAUCAUCUCUUUUCAGAUUUUGUCUUUAGAUUGACUGAGCUUGUAUUUUUUUCAUGCUUUGUAUUGUAAUAGAAGGCCAUGGUUGUGAUUGUCAAAUUGUGCCGGCUUUUGAAUUACUUUGGUAUAGUUCAACCCUUCAGUUGGCGUCUAUAAACAGGUGUUGUGAUUAUUAAAAUACUAUAGUGAAUGCAUUUAGCUUACGUUCUUCUCUAUCAUUAACUACUUUGUUGUUAC